UCUGUCGACAAAUUGACUGCGAGGACAUUUUCAGAUCCCACAUGGUGGGCGGGAAACUGGUCGAGAUUUCUAGCCCUAGUCAAAAAGUUGCAGUUUCUUCAUCUUAUUCUGUUUUGGGACUAGAGUACAAUUUGUCUGGUGAUGUUGAUGACAUUUUCCUCAUCAGCCCCAGACACUAAUAUGCCAUCCCCCAGCUCUGCCAGCCUUCAUCAUCAGCAGCAGGGAACUCAUCAGUAUGAAUUUUCACUUUUCCAGAAUAUACUAUCAAUUUGACUAGGAUAACCAUCAAAGGCACAACUCGUAGCGAUUUAUACGGAUUCUUUUGAUGUGUGGCUCUUAUUGUCGGGUCCAUGAACGAUUGAAGAGGCCCCUAGAGAUGAGAUGAGAGUCUUGAACCACCUGAUGCCCGCCCGCAUUUCACCGGAAUAAAGAGCUGCUCUUUUUUGUUGAUCCAUCACAAAUUCGAUGCCUCCUUUCUUCACCUCUUCUCCGCUACCCUUGCCAACAUGUGGUCGUGUUCCAUCAAUUACGUCCAUCCCAAUUGUGGAGACUGGCCGGUAAAGGCCAAACGACAACGCGAAAAACAACCAUGGUCGGCCACUAUUCACUGCUGCUGCUACUCCUAGUCUGUAUUGGCGCCGAUGCCGAUAACCUGCCCACUUGCCAACCCCGGGAUUUCCAUUACGAGUUGACUGAAUGCGAUCCGACAGCGACGGGUGGCAGAUGGAGAGUGUCCGUUCCUAAAGCCGGAGUCUGCACUGGCGGAGCACCCAACGCGCCAGUCCGACUUCAAGAUUGUUCCCUGACUUGUAAAUCUGGCGAGUACUUUGAUCUGGAGCUGCUGCAAUGUCACGAGUGCCCGCCCGGAACUUAUUCUCUCGGCGGAAUGGUACGUCAUGAAAUUUGGGACCAGCUACCGGAUGGUUUUUCCGUUUUGGUGGAACCACUCACGUCGCGCUCCUCCUUUUCCAUGCUGGAGCGCGAAAGAUCCUACACCAAUUGUUCCAAAUCCGAAUGGCAGACUCGCGGUGACUACAUCGCCUUCCCAGGGGGUUCCUGCGUGGCUACGCUCGUCUACACUGUCCGCUUAAUCCAACCGGGAGCCCUGCACUACACGUAUCAAUAUCCCGACGACGAUACAAUUUUCGAAUUCCAGGCGCAGAACGAGUUGUGCCAGAGCGUGUCAAGUGGCGGCGACGAAAUUCGCUGGCCAACCGUCACUGAAGAGGGUAAAUGGCGGACGAGCAAGUCUGUUCAACUUCCGGCCGGAUUGAACGUACUCCAGUGGAAAGCCAUGGGCAUUACCGGUCGCCAUCAGACGAAACCGCUACUUAUCAAGUCGAUCGAAGUCAGCGGAGUGGCUGACCCGGCCGUCUCGACGGGCUGCACGCCUUGUCGCAACGGAACUCACGCGCCCGCCCCUAGAUCCCGUCAGUGCCAAGAUUGUCCUGCCGACUCGUACUCCGGCAGAGGGGCCACUCAGUGCAUCCGUUGCGACGCUAAGACUUCGUUCGCCUCGCCGGGCAGUGGAAGAUGUCACAAGCGACCUCCGUGCACUCAAAACGAUUAUUUCGAAGUCCAUUCGGCUUGUGAUGAAAGAAACAAUACGCUGGUGACGUACCAGUGGGUGGAGCCGCGUACCUGUCGCGAUGACCUUCCGUCUUCGGCCAAAUUGCCGUCGGGCGCUGAGCGUCGAAAAUGUCCGCCGUGCAAUCCAGGGAUGCAGAUGGAUUACACGACGGGUACCUGUCGUUUCUGCCCACCGGGAAGCAUUUCAGAUGGAAUCCGCCCCUGUCGAGCCUGUCCCCCAUCGACGGCCCCCAAUACGGGGCUUCAAUUCAUCUGGUGGAGCGCUCUUCCGGGUCUCAUGUCUUCACGUUGCAUGAGUCUAGAAGGUUACACAGGGACGGGGUGCACAACAGCCGCCGCCUGGCUGACGUCCGGCGACCACCUAAGAACCGGACACGGCCAUGCACCGGAUUCGUAUCUCAUCUUGUCGUUGAAGAUUGAGAAGGGAUUCCGAGCCGGUCGUGGAACUGUUUCAUUCACAUUCCAGCUCGACUGUGAAGGAGAUUGCCAAUUUGUCUUCAUGCAGAGUUCUCCCACCAAAGGUAUUUCGGUGAUCCAGACGUGGAGUGGUCGUGUGCCCAAGCAGCACUUUAGUUACUCGAUCCCUCAAAACGGAUCGUACACUUUCAACUGGGCAUUCCAGAAACAGGCUUGGUCAGAGGAUGUCGGAGCCAUGUUGCCAUACAGCGCCACCGGUGUGCAGAGACUGAGACUAUUUGACACGGAUAGUGCCAGGAUCGAUCAAGUCAACGUGACCAAUACCAUCGAAGGGGGUGCUUCCGUCUGUCUACCUUGUGCCCAGGGAGCCGAUGCAUCCGGCUGCAUCCCUUGCCCACCGGGUCACUACACAGAAGCUGCCUCGACUCAUUGUAAGCCAUGCCCGGCCAAUACGGUCGUCCUGGAUCCUGGAGCCGUCGGCAAGUCCGCCUGCAUCAACUGCGGCCCUGGACUCAUCAGCACCGACAGCAAGACGUGCACGACCGAUUGCACGCCGACCAUCAACGGAACUCGCUACGACUUGCGUAAAAUUGGAAGCAAGUUUCACGAAGUGCGAGGCAGUUUACUUUUCACCGCCAGCGGCAUGCAGUACUUUCACGUGUUUAACAUCAGUCUGUGCGGUCGUGAGCCGGUCAAUUGUGCCAACAAUAUCACAUUCCAGGCCGAGGGCGAGCCGAAAUCAGUGAAAGCGUUGAUUUGCCGGACGACACUGAUACCUUCGCAGAGUGUGGAUGCUUCCGGCGGAAGCAGUCCCCUUUCGACACAAUCAGUGACGUUAGGAGACCACCUGCUUGGAAUAACAAACGAAGCCCAGUUUGGGGAAACUCGGGUCCUUGACGAAUUCUACAACCCAAAGGACUUGCACGUCUUUUUCGGCACCCCGACGGCGACCAAAUCGUGUCCGAAAGGAAGAACAACGACAGUCACCCUACGUUGCGAUGCCGAUCAACCGGGAGCUGGCCAAGUGACUUUACCGUCGCGCUGUCCGGACGGCACAUGCGACGGAUGUCACUUUCAUUUCCUCUGGUCGUCCAGUACCGUCUGUCCCAUUUGUGGCGCUCAGGAUAUUAAGAUCGUUAAGAGCGAGUGCGUCGCUGGAGAGCAGAAUGUUCACUACUUGGCCCCCAAGCAUUGCCUGAUGGCCGACGAUGUUCCCGGAACAAAGAAAGUUCCCUGUUCGACCGAAAUUCCUUUUGUGUUGCAGCUGAUUAUUAUGGGUUGUGUGGGAACGGCCGUCCUCCUCUGCUUGACCGUGUUCAUUUGCUGGAAACGCAACCGUCGACUCGAGUACAAAUACAGUCGCCUAGCGCGACAGCGCUCCUCUACACCGAGCAACAGUAGCGGUGGCAACGAUACGACCUCCAGUCUCAAAGACAAUGGCAGCAACGAAUGUGAAACGGAAUUGGCGGCAGCCGAGAGCUGCGCUCUGGAUGACGACGAAGAUGAGGAGGACGAAGUAUCGGUGACUGUUCCUAUGAAAAGCUUUGGUCUAGUCAACAAAAUACGUUCCAUGACCGCUUACAAAAGCGAAUCUGGCAGUCCGUUUGAGACAAUUCAAUUGACGGAAGCACAAUCUUAGAACGACGAAGAAAACGACAGGAAGAAAAUUUGAGCUUGAAAUUUGCGAUUUUCUAUAUUUACUUAUUCGUUCUUGUGUGUUGUUUCUGAGGCUCGCGAUUGUAUUUCUUUGUAAUUUCAAUCGACAAAAAAAAAUAUAUAUCAUUUCCAAUCUUCAA